AUGUCAACUACAGUACAGAAGCGAGAGAUCAGUGAAGUGAUAGACGAAACUGAAGUCACUAUCACAAGCAAGCGCACAAAAUUAAGAGAGACAAGCGAAAAACAGAAUGAUGUAAUUCUUCGAGACAUACAACUAAUACAGGACAAGCGCCAAGCCAAUAAGGUUGGAUCUGAUGGCUUGUCUCAAUGUUUUCACAGAGUUAGAGCGGCAAUGUACGUUUCUAUUGCUCCAUGCUUUGUCAACGAUCCCUUAUCUGCCAUCAGACAACAGCAUUUAGACCCAAUGCUCAUGUCGUACUGCCCAGCAUUGAGAGGAGUCGUCAUCUCAUACUUUCGGUUGAAGAUUAUGGAUCAGAGUCAAAUGGAAGAUGAGCUAUCUGGCGGUAUGAUAGCUCUCGGAAGGGUCGGGAACGACACUCCAUUCUCGUUUCUUUGGUGUACGGUAGACUUUCUUCUCUGGAGCCCCAAGAUUGGCGAUGUUGUUGAAGGAUGGUGCUAUAUGCAGUCACAGUCGCACAUUGGACUUUUGAUUCACGAUGCUUUUAAUGCCACAAUCAAGAAAUUCAACAUUCCUGCUGAAUGGCAGUUUGUUCCCAAUGAGGAAGAUGAGUAUCACGAGGCAGAUGCUGUUGAAGACGGAGACUUGGCGGAAUCAAAAAAUGUUGGUGAUGCCACAACUGAAGGUACGGACACCACUCAAAAAAUUGUGAGUGAUCCAUCUGGAAAGCAGGACAGACAUGGAGGAAGGUUUGGACAUUCUUUGGGUCAUUGGAUAGAUGAAAAUGGAAUUCCUAUUCAGGGAAAGCUCCAGUUCAGAAUACGAGCCAUGCAUUUGGCAGGAAGAGCAAUUUCCAUUGAGGGUACGCUUGUUUCUCCUCAAGAUGAAAGGGAUACGCAGCCAGUUACCCUAAAAGAUAGUAGGAGCACUUCGGGUAAGAAGCAUAUGAGAUUUGAUGACGAGCCGGCUGCAGCUUCAAAGGAUACUGAUUUGAACAAAGCCGAAAAAUCUGAUGCGGAGGAAAGUUCAAGCGAUGAGUCAAGUGUUGAAGAUAAUUCCUCGAGUGAUGAAGACGAUGAUGAUAAAGAUGAAAAAGAUGACGACAAAAGGGAUAAGCAAAGCUCCAAAAGUCCGAAUAGCUCUGCCAGCUCUGCCAGCUCUGAUGAGUCCAGCGAUAGUUCAAGCGAGGAUUCUAGCGAUUGA